AUGGAUUUCAAUAACCCUAAUGCGUAUGGCGGCCAGUUCGCCAAUUCUCCGCAACACGCCCAAUUCGAUGCACAGGCGCGGCUUCAGCAACAGGGCAACCCACAUGGACAAUAUGGGCAGACCGCAUCUUUCCCGGGCAUGGGUGGCGCCAUGGGCAGCAACGGAAUCCAGCCAGGAGCCCCAUAUCUCCAGCAGCGAGCCGCCAUGCAGCAACAGCAGCAACAGCAACAACAGCAACAACAACAACAACAGCAGCAGCAGCAGCAACACCAGCUGUCGUCGCCGAGCCCCUACUCCAACGCGCCCUAUGCGCAGACGAUGCCCUCGCCCGCCCACCACCAGUUUGCCCAGAACCGCCAGACGGCCUCCCCCGCGAGCACCACCGGACAGGCGCCCUUUGCGACGCCCCAACCCCAGCAGUCGCCCAGUAGCAUGCAGACCAACGGCCAGCAGCAGCCCAUGAAUCUCCAGCUGCCCGUCAAGGCCGAGCCGCCACAGGUCCACACGCCAGUCAAGCAGGUGCCCCCGUCGCCUGUGUCGCCAGUCAACCAGGCGCGCAGUGCCGACCGCGUCGCGACCCUCCUCGACAUCAACAGCAUCCUCAUAAAGGAGGUCUGCGAGCUCCAGGUGCAGGGCAAGGCCGGCCAAGUAGGGCCCACGCCAGAAGGGAAGCCCGAAGGCGACAAGCCCCAGCCAUCCAAGGACUACAUGCGCCGCCUGCAGGCAAACCUCGCAUACCUUGCGCAGAACGCCGAGAAGGUGCCUAAGCCUGGUCAACAACUACAGCCUGGGCCUGCCAUAAUGUCGAUUCCCGCCGCCCCCGCCGAGCUCGCAAAGCUGUAUACCAAGCUCCAGGAGCUGUUUCCGGGAUGGAAAGGCCAAACUCCCCAGAUGAAGCAAUCACCAGGACCACAGCGCAUCAACUCGAAUACCUCACAACCACCGAAUAGCGCAGGCCUGCAGCAGAAUUGGGGGCAGAACGCUAUGCAGCAGCAACAGCAGCAGCAACAACAACAAGCUAAGCAGGAGAACCAAUAA